AUGAGAGCUGUUUCACCUGAAAUUCUUGCAGCUCUCCAGAAAAAUCCAAAAAACAUCAGGAACAUUUGUAUUCUUGCUCAUGUUGAUCAUGGCAAAACUACACUUGCUGAUAGUGUUUUGGCUAGUAAUGGAAUCAUAUCACAGAAAAUGGCUGGGAAGCUUCGAUACAUGGACAGUCGGAAAGAUGAACAAGAAAGAGGCAUUACUAUGAAGUCAAGUUCUGUUGCUGUUCAUUUUCAAAAAGAUGAAGAGCAUUUUUUAAUUAAUCUCAUUGAUUCUCCUGGACAUGCCGACUUUGCUGGAGAAGUUUGUACAGCUGUUAGAUUGUGUGAUGGAGCUAUUGUACUUAUUGAUGUUGUUGAAGGAAUCUGCCCCCAGACAAAAGUAUCUUUACAGCAAGCUUGGAUUGAACACAUUAAACCUUUGCUUGUUUUAAACAAAAUCGACAGACUGAUAACAGAAUGGAAAUUUGCCCCUUUAGAUGCAUAUGCACACCUAGUUCAAAUUUUAGAACAGGUUAAUGCAGUUGUGGGGGAAUUGUUUGCAUCAGAUGUACUUAAAAAGUCCGAAAAUAAACAGUCGGACAAUUGUGAAGCCAAAGAAAAAGAUCAAAUUUUUGAUUGGAGUAGUGGCUUAGAUGAUUCAGAUGAUUCUUCUGUUUAUUUUUCACCUGAGCAAGGGAAUGUUAUUUUUGCGAGUGCUUUGGAUGGUUGGGGCUUUGGAGUUCAUCAUUUUGCUAAAAUGUAUGCUUUAAAACUGGGAGCCAAAGAAGAAUUGCUUAAAAAGACACUUUGGGGUGACUUCUAUCUGAAUGCAAAAGCUAAGCAGAUCAUAAGAGGAGCUCAGGCAAAAGCUAAAAAACCCUUAUUUGUGCAACUUAUUCUUGAAAAUAUUUGGUCUGUAUAUGAAGCAGUUUUAAUUCAAAGGGAUAAAAUUGCAAGUGACAAAAUAGUGAAGUCCUUAAAUUUAGCAAUACCAACAAGAGAUGCAAACCAUAAAGAUCCUAAAGUGUAUUUACAAUCCAUAUUUGGACAAUGGCUGCCUCUGUCAUCUGCUGUCUUAGAAAUGGUAUGCAAUUUUGUUCCCAGUCCUGUACAAUUGGAUGAAGAAAAGGUAGAGCAUCUCAUGUGCUCUAGUGCUCUUAAAUUCAACGCCUUACCUCCUGAGACGCAAGCACUAAAAACAAAUUUUUUGCAAUGCCUUUCGUCCAGUGAUGUUCCUGUUAUUGUUUGUGUCUCCAAAAUGUUCCCUGUGGAAAGGAAAAUGUUGCCUGAAAAUAGGUUAAAACCCCUAACAGCUGAAGAAAUUGCAUUAAGAAGAGAAAAAGCAAGGCAAAAACUUGCUGAAAAAUUAGAAAAUACUCAGCCAGAUAUGACAGAGAAGACUGAUGUUGAUGAAAUAGCAACUUCAUCCGAUACUGCCGUUGAAGAAUUAUCAGACACAGCUUUUAUUGCUUUUGCUCGUGUUUAUAGUGGCACUAUAAGAAAAGGACAGCAACUCUAUGUAUUAGGUCCAAAACAUGAUCCAGCUAAAGCAUUAAAAUUGGAAACACCUAUCAGCGAUAAAAUAACUGUUCAUGAUCUUCAUCCUGAUCAGCAUAUAACGAUUGGAGAAAUUAAAAGCUUGUAUCUUUUAAUGGGUAAGGAGCUCAUUGAACUAAGUGAAGCACCCGCAGGAAAUGUAGUUGGUAUUGGAGGAUUGCAAGACCAUGUACUUAAGUCAGCAACUUUAUCAAGCACAAUCGCAUGUCCAAGUUUUACUGAUCUACAUUCAUCGACAGUUCCCAUUAUAAGAGUUGCAUUAGAACCUGCACACCCAAGGGAAAUGUCGUCUCUUGUGAAAGGUAUGAAACUCCUCAACCAAGCUGAUCCAUGUGUACAAGUAUUCUUGCAAGAAUCUGGAGAACACGUUUUGGUAUCUUCAGGCGAAGUACAUUUGCAAAGAUGCAUUGAUGAUUUAAAGGAACGUUUUGCAAAAAUCGACAUUAAUGUAUCUGCUCCUAUUGUCCCGUUCCGAGAAACAAUAAUUCCACCUCCAAAGGUGGAUAUGGUUAAUGAAAUCAUUGAAGAAAAAUCUCAGCAAAAGAAAUUCGUUAAAGUUGACAAUCAGAAAGAAAGCAACAGUGAAAGGACAGAAUAUAUAAUUUUAAAAACACCUAACAAAAUGUCGUAUGUUCGAAUGCAAGCCAAACCUUUACCCCCAGAUGUUACUAUAUUAUUGGAAUCAAAUUCAAAUUUACUUAAAAUCUUAGAUCAAGCUUAUUACUCAACUGGUUGUGACAAUGAGAGCAUUUUAACAGAAGACACUCUAAAAGCAAUACAGACUCUAAAAAGCAAACUACAAGAAUUGUUGGAUAGUGCUGGUAGUGAAUGGGAAGGUGCUGUAGACCGAAUAUGGUCAUUUGGACCUAGAAGAUGUGGUCCUAAUAUUUUACUGAAUAAAAUUCCUAGUUACAAACGUCCUUCAAUAUGGACUUCAAGGACAUCAGAGUCGGUUUCUGAGACUAUACACUUCAACUAUGACAGCACUUUCAUCAGUGGGUUUCAGCUGGCCACGCUUUGUGGACCUCUGUGUGAUGAACCUAUGAUGGGAGUGUGCUUUGUUGUUGAGGACUGGGGUUUUGAAAAAGACUUUUCAACUGUUGUUGAGAGCGAUGUCGGUCUGAAGACUGAUAUGAGUGUUUGUGAUUCAGUUGAUGUUGCAAGUGAAGCAAAUCCAAAUGUGUCUGACACUGCAAGCAUUGCUUCGAGCGGACCUAGUAGUGUAAAUAGUAUGCCCUUUGGACCAUUCACUGGACAGAUUAUGUCAACUGUGAAAGAAGCUUGCAAAAAGGCAUUUCAAGCUCAACCUCAGCGGUUGAUGGCAGCUGUGUUUAGUUGUAACAUCCAAGUCACUAUGGAGAUGCUAGGUAAGAUGUAUGCAGUGUUGGGUCGUCGUCAUGGGAAAAUCUUACACGCCGACAUGCAGGAAGGUUCGCAGACUUUCCACGUAACUGCUGAAUUGCCUGUUACAGAGAGCUUCGACUUCGCCAACGAAAUCCGCAAACAAACCAGCGGCAUGGCUAUGCCUCAACUCGUCUUCAGCCACUGGGAGGUUGUUGAUGUGGAUCCUUUUUGGUCUCCGCGUACAGAAGAAGAAUACGCUCAUUUUGGGGAGAAAGCUGAUGUUGAGAAUCGAGCUCGCAAGUACAUGAACGCUGUCAGGAGGAGAAAGGGACUUCUCGUGGAUGAAAAAAUCGUAGAGCAUGCAGAAAAGCAAAGAACACUUACCAAAAAUAAAUGAACUUCACUGCUGCCAUCUGUCGGCAAUUCUUCAAAA